GACCGCCGCGCAGCCGCUUCAAUUGAUCACGCGUCGUUGUGCCAGUCCAAGCCAAAAGACCAGCUUCGUCAUCAACCAACACAGUUGAACUUGAAGUUUUUACAAGAUAUAAUAAUUUUAAAAACACCAAAUAAACCUGUGCUUAUUUCCAAAACAGAUAUAAUCAAUUAAAAAGUUUCCUUAAAAUAGCAUUAAAGACAACAUGCAAAUCAUACGUUCAAGUGUUCUUCUUUUCGUGGGAGUAUGCUUCUUAUUCCUCGUGCAAAAUGCCUCAGCCGGAAAAAUUAAAUUGCUGGCCUUUAAGGGACCCCGUGCCGGAUUUGUGGGUCUGAAGGUUCGCACACCCAAGUUGCUGGGCCUGAAGAGCGGAUUGGUGGGUGGAGCAGCUGGAUUUGGACUCGGAGCAGCCGUGGGCGCUAAACUGGGCGCCGGAUUAGCCAGUCAUGCCGGUGGAGGCGGCCAUGGAGGUGGUUACGGAGGAGGUUAUGGCGGAGGAUUCGGCGGAGGACACGGCGGAGGAUAUGGAGGCGGCUAUGGCGGUGGCUUCGGAAGAAGUAGCGGCUACGAACACCACGAACACCACGAAUAUCACCAGGAAAGCCAUCACAGUGAAGGAUCUGAAUUUGGCGGUGGAAAUAUCGGUUCCUGGGGAAAAUAGGUCUUUAAUAAUGUUAUUAGUUAAUAUUCAUUUCCUUGCCAUCACAAUGAAACAUUAUUGUUACUUAGUUAUAAUUCAUUUGCCCAUUUACCUAAUUAAAUAAGUAAUAAAAAUGUUCCCUGCAGUA